AUGCCGGGCCCCCGCGAGGUCGAGGUCAUCACAGACCGCUUGGAGACUCCGUCUCUCGAUGACCGCUCGUAUCGGGUCAUCCGCCUGCCUAACAAACUGGAGGCCCUGCUGGUUCACGAUCCCAAGACGGACAAGGCGAGCGCCGCCAUGGACGUCAACGUCGGAAGCUUCAGCGAUGAAGAUGACAUGCCGGGAAUGGCCCAUGCGGUCGAACAUCUUCUGUUCAUGGGCAACAAGAAGUAUCCUGUCGAGAAUGCCUACCAUCAGUUCAUAUCAGCCAACUCCGGCUUGACCAAUGCUUAUACGGCAUCAACAUCCACCAAUUAUCACUUCGAGGUGUCUGCGAAACCUGCGAAUGACGAGGAACCUUCAGCUACCAAUCCGUCGCCGCUCCUGGGGGCUUUGGAUCGGUUUGCCCAGUUCUUCAUUGAACCGCUGUUCCUGGAGACCACCCUGGACCGCGAGCUCCAAGCGGUAGACUCAGAGAACAAGAAGAACCUGCAGAGCGACCAGUGGCGUAUGCACCAGCUUAAGAAGUCACUCUCCAACCCAAAGCAUCCCUUUUGCCAUUUCUCAACUGGCAACCUUGAGACUCUGAAGACGACCCCAGAGGCGCAAGGGAUCAAUGUCCGCGACAAGUUCAUUGAGUUCUACGAGAAGCACUACUCGGCAAAUCGGAUGAAGCUCUGCGUUCUCGGGAGGGAACCGCUGGAUGUUCUGGAGUCUUGGGUCAUUGAGCACUUUUCGUCUGUCAGGAAUAAGGACCUGGAACCCAACAGAUGGGUGGAGGAGGUACCGUUCACGAAGGACCAGCUCGGGACACAGAUCUUCGCCAAGCCCGUGAUGGAUACGCGGGAACUCAGCCUGAUGUUUCCCCUAAUGGAACAAGAUCAUCUCUACGACUCGCAGCCCAGCCGAUAUAUCAGCCACCUUAUUGGCCAUGAAGGCCCAGGAAGCAUUAUGUCGUAUAUCAAGGCGAAGGGUUGGGCCAAUGGUCUCUACGCGGGAGCCUGGCCUGUCAGCCCUGGCACACCCGACGUUUUCGAGUGCCAGAUUACGUUAACCGAAGAGGGACUCAAGAAUUACAAAGAGGUUGCCAAGGUUAUUUUCGAAUAUAUUUCCCUUCUGCGGGAGACUGAACCACAGGAAUGGAUAUUCGAAGAGCAGAAGGAGCUGGCCGAGGUCAACUUCAGGUUCAGGGAGAAGACCCAGUCCUACCGCUUCACGAGCAAGCUGAGCUCGUUCAUGCAGAAGCCGAUCCCGAGAGAGUAUCUGCUCAGCGGGUAUAGCUUGCUGCGUAAAUUCGACCCGAAGCUGAUCAAGGAGUGCCUCGAUUACUUGCGUCCCGACAACUUCCGCAUGACGAUCAUCUCGCGCGAUUUCCCGGGGACUUGGGAGAACAAGGAGCGGUGGUACGGAACCGAGUACACCUGCCAGCCGAUCCCGACCGACUUCAUGGACGAGAUCAAGAAGGCCGCCGCCGGCGGGCCAGGGAAUCGGACCGCCAAGCUCCAUCUCCCCCAUCGAAACCAGUUUGUGCCGACCAAGCUCGAAGUCGAGAAGAGGGACGUUCAGGAACCGGCGUUGUCACCGCGCAUUGUCCGUAACGAUGCGCUGGUCCGGACCUGGUUCAAGAAGGACGACACGUUCUGGGUUCCGAAAGCAACGCUGAUCAUCAGCUGCCGCAGUCCGGUGGCCACUGCAUCGGCGGCCGGCCGGGUAAAGUCGCGGCUGUUCACAGACCUCGUGAAGGAUGCGCUGGAAGAGUACUCGUAUGACGCAGAGCUGGCUGGCUUGGAAUACACCGUGACGCUCGACUCGCGCGGUCUCUACAUUGAGGUUUCGGGCUACAACGACAAGCUCGCGGUGCUCCUGCAGCGCGUGCUCGUGACAACGCGAGACCUCGAGAUUCGUGAGGACCGAUUCGCCAUCAUCAAGGAGCGCGUCAGCAGAGGGUACCGGAACUGGGAACUGGCGGCGCCCUGGACGCAGAUUGGCGACUACAUGUCCUGGCUCAUUAUCGAUCAAGGCUACGUGAUUGAGGAGCUCGAGGCCGAAUUGCCACACAUCACUGUCGAUGCGGUCCGCGUGUUCCAGAAGGAGCUGCUGGCCCAAAUGCACAUGGAGGUCCUAGUCCAUGGGAACAUUUACAGGGAAGACGCACUCAAGCUGACCGAUAUGAUCGAGUCCACGUUGAGCCCUCGGGUGCUGCCCCAGGCUCAAUGGAGGAUUCGUCGUAGCUUGGCCCUCCCGCCUGGAUCCAACUACAUCUGGAAGAAGAAACUCAAGGACCCGGCCAAUGUCAACCACUGUAUCCAGUACUUCCUCCACGUGGGGUACCGGGGGGAUUACAAUCUCAGGGCGAAAGCGUUGCUCCUGGAUCAGAUUGUGCACGAACCGUGCUUCAACCAGCUGCGGACCAAAGAGCAGCUGGGCUACAUCGUCUACUCGGGCACCAUGACCAGCGUCACUCAGUACGGGUUCUACUUUCUCAUCCAGAGCGAGAAGACGGCGCCGUAUCUGGAGACUCGGAUUGAGGAGUUUCUGAAGACGAUGGCCACGACGCUCGAGGAGAUGACCGAGACCGAAUUCGAAAGCAAUAAACGCAGCAUCAUUGCCAAGCGUCUUGAGAGGCUCAAAUACAUGGAGCAGGAGAGCAACCGACACUGGACACAUAUCCAUUCGGAAUUCUACGCCUUUGAUAAUGCCCAGCAGGAUGCGGCGCACAUCAAGCCGCUCACCAAGGCGGACUUGAUCGAGUUCUACAAUCACUACAUCCACCCGAGCUCGCCGUCGCGAGCGAAGUUGGCCGUCUACUUGGAAGCCCAGGCUAAGAGCGAUGUCUCGACGAAGCAGAUUUCAGAACUGGUUAAGACCCUGGAGCUGGAUCCGGCGGCUUCUGCUAAAGCGGCGACCGACUUGCAAGCCCGGAUAUCCGCAGCCGGCCAUGACCUGGAGAAGGAGGUGGCUGGUCUCAAGGACUAUCUCCUUCACGACUUGAAGGUGGCGGAGGGCAAGAUCGACGUGGCAGCAGAGGCUUGGAAGAAGAUCCACGCCGAGCACGGACCGGGAAGCGACAUCGUCAAGGAUGCCAUACCGCCGUCAGCCAACGGAACCACGCCCGUCUUCAUUGACAACGUACGGUCCUUUAGAGCCGGUCGGGGUAAAGGAAUGGGAGAACGGCAGGGCAUGACACAUCGCACUUUCAGAGACUUGGCGACGGGGUACGACAAGGCAGCUUAUGAUUAUAGACGCCCCGAGUCGGGUGUGCUGGUCCGGCAGCUGCUGCCGGGCCGUGUUGCGAGGCUGGAACAAGGCCGACCGGGAGAGGCAGCGGCGGGCUGGCGUCAGAUCGGCGGGGCGAUUCAAGGCGGGUGUAUCGACAAGUUCCAGGUUUGCUCCACCCCAACAACAUACCUAUGUCGCAUGCCCGUGUUGCACCAGCUCGAUUUUGAGCUGGGAUUUACAUUCAUUCAAGGCUCGUGCUUAGAUUUGCAGACAAAUCCAUCAUUCAAGCCGCAAGGGAAUGCGCCAGCGCCAGCGCAUACCUACUACGCCUUGCUUCGCCGUCCGCCUCUGACCACCGACUUUAAACGGAGGAUUACCCGCCAGUCGACCAGGGAGCACAACAAGCCUGAGGACUUGGUGCUACCCUCUACUGAAGAAGACGCAGAUCCCACCUUCUCCCUUUCGGCCGCCUCCGCCUCUGGCCUGAGCACGCCCACCUACCUUCGUGCCGACUCCCUUCCUCCCUCAGGUGUCCCGCCCCGUCUGCAGAGUCAGAGCACGCCCUUCGUCGACUCCCCGUCUUCGGCGGCGAGCUCCCCGUGUGCUGCCUCCGCCGAUUUGUCGGUCGAUUUUGACCGGGCUGCCGAUUUUGCUGACUCCAGCCCAGUCCUGCAGCUGCCGGAUCACGGGACAGCUGGGAACCAGUCGCCUCUCCACCAAUCCGUUCGCCGAGCUCUGAGGGGUGGCGGCGAAGAUACGCCCAAACGAUCCUCCUCUCCGCUCAAGCGAAGGGCGUCCAGCAUGCAACCAGAGCAAGACACUACCGACGCCGCGGAGGAUGUGGAUAUGAUCACGGUCCCGGAUUCUCAGAGGACAGCCCCAGCGGAGGGGCCGGGAGAGGAGAAUGGCGGAAAGGACACCGCCGAGCACCCCGAGGUUGCUGUCCCCAACGGGAAGGCGGAGCUACCUUUGCGGAACGACAUUCCCCCGUUAGACCAGCAGGUCAAAACUAUCGAGACGCUGGUUAAGGCUUUCGCGGAGACACCCCCAAAGGAGGGCGACGAGGCAUAUCUUGUGUCUAGGCAGUGGCUCGGCAAGGCCCAGGCGUUCGGAUCGGAUGCGAAGCAUGCCAGCAAGGAAACCCCAGGAGGAACAGUUGGACCUGUCGACAACUCAGAUAUCAUCCAAGCCAUCUUCACAGACUCUACGGGAGAACUAUGCGUCAAGCUAAAGCCGGGCAUGGGCACCGAGAAUUUCGAAUUAUUUCCUAAGGACGCAUGGGAUCUCCUCCUAUCUUGGUACGGUCUAGCCCCCGGACAGUCACCCAUCAUCCGGUUUGCCCACAACACCGCUCCGGAUGCGGUGAGUAUCCCCACCAUCCAGUUCGAGUUCCAUCCGCCGGUGUUUACGAUCCACCGGUUGUGGUCUGCGAACAGCCCCAUCCCGAUCGAGCAGGAGAUCAAGUUGAAGAAGCCUUCGCCGCCCGUAGUCGUGCAGAGCACGUCAUCCGGCUAUCAUAACUUCUUGAAACAGGUCAAAAGACUUGCUGGUGUUUCACCGGACCGGAAGAUCCGCGUCUGGAGGCUUCUACAAACCAUUCCGGCCACAGAGCCCAGCUCUGGGCCAUCCGGGAUGAAUACCCCACCCGAUUCGCCCGGUCGUGACCCGGAGAUUCUCACCCAACCCCCGGCUAUCCCGGGGUCCUGGCCGGAAAUGCUUGUGGACGUGGAGACGUUCUUGAAGCUCGAGAAGGACGUUGAGCGUGGUUUGGUGGAGGCCGAUGACACCACGACGAACCCCAACUACAAUGGAAGGAAAAGUCUGUCGCUGGUGGGCCUUGCGGUCGAUCAAACCCUUGUUCUGGACGAGCAGAUUGAACGAGAUGCGUACGUUUCCACUUUCAGGGGCAAUGGUACCAAGGACAAGACCCUUGCAACUCGGAGCAGCUCGGCCGGCGUUGGUGCUCAAAGCCGUGGUAACAAUAGCGGACGGAACAGCCCAGCGCCCCAGGGCGCCCAGACUAGGGGUAGGGCUCAGCAAAAGCCCGGACGUACAAUCGGUUGCGUUGGUCUCCAGAACCUGGGCAACACGUGCUACAUGAACUCGGCUCUGCAGUGCGUGAGGAGCGUCGAAGAGCUCACAAAAUACUUCCUCACGCACGAGGCUAAAAAGGAGAUCAAUCCAGACAAUCCUCUCUCACACAAUGGUGACGUUGCUAUUGCGUAUGGACGCCUGCUGGAGGAGAUCUACAAAGACCCCGCCCCCAACUCGGUCGCGCCGCGGCACUUCAAGAGCAUCAUCGGGCGGUAUGCCCCCGCAUUCUCGGGGUAUGGGCAGCAAGACUCCCAGGAAUUCCUUGGUUUCCUGCUCGAUGGUCUGCAAGAGGAUCUGAACCGGAUCAGGAAAAAGCCGUACAUCCAAAAGCCUGAUUCUACGGACGACAUGGUCCACAACCCUGCGGCGGUACGCGAGAUGGCUGCCAAAGUCUGGGAUAUCACCAAAAAGCGGGACGACUCGGUCAUUGCCGACCUGUUCACCGGAAUGUACAAGUCAACCCUAGUAUGCCCCGUCUGUGACAAGGUCAGCAUCACGUUUGACCCUUUCAACAACCUCACACUGCCGCUUCCCGUUGCCAAUGUCUGGUCCCGGGGCGUCAGAUUCUACCCUUUGAACGAUGCGCCCGUCGAGAUUGUGGUAGACCUCGACAAGAACAGCAGCAUCAGGGCGAUGAAGCAGUAUAUCUCUGUGCGGGUCGGAGUACCCGUCGAGCGCCUUUUCGCGGCGGAAGAAUUCCAUGCCAAGUUCUUCAAGCUGUACGACGAUGGCUGUGCCGUCUCAGAAGAGAUUCAAGGGAAUGACAUUCCUGCGGUGCACGAACUAGAAGCUGCCCCAACAAAUAUCUCCGGUAUCAAGAAGCAAGCCAAGCAAGCCAAGCUCAGGUCAACGCCCAACGGGGAUGAUGCUCCUUCUCCGGCAGACGAUCCUAGGGCGGCACACAUGCUCGUUCCCGUGCUCCAUCGUCUAGACCCCCGAGAUCCCAACUCUCGAAAGCGCUAUGGACGUAAGAGUUCCGAAGUUGUCCCUCCGCCGCACUUCAUUGUCGUGACGCCCGAGGAGGCUCGCGACAUGGAAGCUAUCCGGCGCAAGAUCUUAGAGAAGGUUGCGACAUUCACGACAUGGUCGCAGCUUGCAACAUCUGAGGACGGCGACGGCGCAGAGACGACGGAUCCGGAGAUGGUCAACGGUGCAUCGGAUGCGGACUCCGCAGGCGACUCUAAGAUCGUCGCGAAGUCGGUCGAGGGUGAGGAGGAUCUGGUCGAUGUGACGAUGCGCGACGCAGCGGAUGUGCGGAGACCCUCCGCUUCCGCGCCGCCUGACGAUUCGCCACGGUUGCUCAGGCGGUUCAGGCAACGGCGACCCAAGUGGAUCGACCCGCUCCAGUUCCUUGACCCGGAGCUGCAGAAUCUCUUCGACCUAAGCUAUUUCGCGGAGUCGGAUACCAUCGUUCCCACUGGCUGGCAUGGUACCAACGAAGAUGUGGAUCUGCCACGACUGAGCUCCAGACUACCACAACCGGCGCCGUCGGACACAGAGAUGCGCAGUCCUGAGCCCUUGGACGGUGCUGAAGAUAGCGACGCUGACGGGCUAGGGAAGGUGGAGGCUGCCUUAGUGACCCGCAUGGCUGAAGAGUCCAGUGAUGAAGAUUCCGACUUCCCUAAAGCCGGAGCCAAGCAUCUGAAUGGACGGCCAGCCAAGUUCAACAAACACCGAGGCGCCCGUUUCCCGCCGUCGGCAGUGUCGGCAUCUGACGCCGAGGAUUCCGUUCCUCCUGGUGGUGCUCUAAUCGGUAUUGGCGAGGGCCUCAUGGUUGAGUGGAACGAGGUGGCGUUCGACUAUGUCUUCGGCGGCACAUCGCCAAAUGACAUGCGGGGCAUGAAGACAUACAAGACCCUUCCGGUGCUUGAGGACCCUGCGUUGGAAGCCAAGAAGAAGACGCGACAGAUGCGUAGGAAGCACGGCAUCUCGCUCGACGACUGCCUGGACGAGUUCGAGAAGGAGGAGAUCCUGUCGGAGCAGGACACUUGGUACUGCCCCCGUUGCAAGGAACACCGCCGCGCAAGCAAGAAGUUCGACCUCUGGAAGACGCCAGACAUCCUUGUGGUCCACCUCAAGCGGUUUAGUUCUGCCGGUUGGCGCCGAGACAAGCUUGACAUUCUGGUCGACUUUCCGGUCGAAGGGCUCGAUUUGACACGGCGCGUCAUCGACAAGGAAGAUGGGAAGGAGCAUCUCUACGACCUCAUCGCUGUCGAUGACCACUGGGGCGGCCUGGGUGGCGGACACUAUACGGCCUUUGCCAAGAACUUCAUUGACGGCCAGUGGUACGAGUACAACGAUGCCCAGGUCUCGAAGCUGUCCGAUACCUCGCGAGUGGUGUCUUCGGCUGCGUAUCUACUCUUCUACCGCCGCCGGUCCGAGGUGCCGCUGGGCGGUCCGAGGUUUCAAGAGAUCUUUGACCGCUACAACACCCGGCACGACGAGGACAUGUCGGAUUCGGGGGAAGACAUGGGCGCCCAGCUGUCGUGGAGCAACGAAGAGACGCUGCACAACAGCAUCGAGGGCGACGGCGAGGACGAGGCCAUCGCCCUCCCGGACUACGAUACCGCGAACAUGGCCGGCAUGACCUCUGUCAUCGGUCCCAGCAGCUGGAGCUUCGCCAACCUCGGGAGCAAAGCGAACUCGGAAGCCGAUGCCGACAUCGCCAGCGACGUGGCGCAAAACGAUGGCUCGUCAGUCAACGAAGACGUCUUUGAUGACGCGCCGGUCGGUGAUAUGGAGCACAUCGCCCCGGCUGAGCCAAUGUCCGAGUUCGCCGAGUUCAACGAGCCGCCCCCGCCGCUGGACGAUGAGCAGGACGACUACAUGAGCCACAUCGCCGCCCAGAAGUGGGUCAAUCAGCAAGUCCACAAGGUGCCGCUUGUAGACGACCUGGCGGGUAGGGAUGAUGACCUGGCUAGCGAUAAGGUGGCGGAAAUUCAUGUCAGCGAUGGGGACGAGCAGCCAGCGGCUGCGGACAAACCGUCCAGUUAG